AUGGCUCACCAUUCAGUUCACAUUGGGGAGAGGCCAUUCACCUGUUCAGAAUGUGGGAAGAGAUUCACUCAAUCAUCCAACCUACUGAAACACCAGCGAGUUCACACUGGGGAGAGGCCGAACACCUGCUCAGACUUUGGGAGGAGAUUCUCUCAGCCAUCUCCACCAAAUAUGCAUCAUUGUGUUCACACUGGGGAGAGGCUGUUCACCUGGUGUGAAUGUGGGAAGGGAUUCACUCAGUAA